AGAACUGAAAUGGCAUUUCUUACACGGUCGGCCAUGUUAAGCUUAAACCGAUGUCGGUCAGCGACACGGCUGUGCCGUACGGCGUCAGUCUUUGCUUCAAAGACACAUGUCCGGUCACGCCCUGCUUCCAUGUCAACACAAGCCGCAAGUGGAUCGACAACCCGACGAGGGGCGACAGUUAUUCCGAACGCGAGCAUGCCACGGCCCUCAGGAUUUCCGUCAAUUGCAAAGGAGUCUAAGGCGUUAUUGGGAGAGUGGACACCGAAAAAGGCAGCGCCGGCCAACGUGGGGGAGGUUUUACAGUUCCCUGCCUCGUGCUCGAGUGCGACAAAGGGAGCGAUUCCAAACUCAGUUGAAAAAGGAAAACAGUCCGCAUUCAUGCUUCGGCAAUCGACUCUGGAUUUGAUUGCUGAGGUGACCCGGGAGGCAAAUCAAGCGACCUGCAAUCGCGUGAUGACACUUGAUGGACCCAAAGGUGUGGGCAAAAGUGUCACAUUGCUCCAAACCGUGAGCCAUUUUCGCAGCGAAGGAUGGAUAGUGUUGUAUCUGCCACAAACUGCCAAUUGGGUCGAUGGAAGUGAACCAUUCGAGCCAGUCCCCGGAACUAAGAUGUUCCGCCAGCCACAGGCCGUUGCUCGCACAUUGCAGCAAUUCCUUGACCUCAACCCUGAUCUCACCAAGAUAAAGACCGCGGAAGGACAGACUCUUGCACAAGUGGCGGAGACCGGUGUCCGCGAACCCGAAAAGGCCCAGGAAUCUCUAGAGACGAUACUUGACACUCUAUCCAAAGAGAAAAACCGCCCACCAGUGCUAAUAGCAAUCGACCAGGUCAACAGCUUCUAUAGUAAAACUGCCUACUUUGAUGCGCAGAGCAACCCUGUCCUUGCGAAUCAGCUUACUGCUGUCGAUGCUUUCGUGCGGUUCCUCAAUCGCACACGGCCACUGUCAAAGGGAGCUAUCCUCUGCGCCGUUGAUCAAAGCGACACCCAACUCCAAUCCCCCUUCCUUGAAGUACUCCUUUCCAAUAGCCCUCAAAUCCCAUCAUCCCCGUCAUCCCAACCUAUAGCCGCGAACCGCAGAUAUCAAGAUGUCACAUCAGUGGAUUCGUUUGGAGUUCUCUUAUCCGAUCGGCUGGCUCCUGCUAGUUAUGACCCGUUUGCCCCUCAAAGUGAAUGGCAUCCAAAGAGUCUGGCGCGAUUCAAUAUACCGGGGUACAAUAGAUUCGAGGUCGCUAGUAUCCUUCAGUACUAUAAAGACGCGGAAAUUCUCAAGAAUGUUAAAUUGACAAGGGAGUAUAUCGAGAAACAGUUGGUGCUUACUGGAGGGAACGCCUUGAAACUGUACAAACGAUGCCUGUCAUUCUAAAAUUUCGUGUCAUUCACAUAUUAUCAAAUAGAGAUGCAUUAUCAUUUACAUGCGCAUUCUAGUUGCCAUGGACAUAAAUAGGUUUGCGAAAAAGGGGGAAGAACGAAAAACAUGACAGUGCAAUCCCAAAAAUCCGCAAUAGAUAUCAAUGUACACAAAAUAAAUAUGACUAUGUAUCAAAAUGCUCAACCUUCCGUUAUAAUCCUAAAAAAUGAUUCUGGUACCGAG